AAAUUUACUAGCUAGCUGGGCUAAUCACGUUUCGUUUCUCUGUUCUCCGCCAUUUUGUAAGGGUAUAAGAAAAGUCGGUCAAGCAAAACAGACUUGAUGGUCUAAUCAAACUGUGUAACUAUCUAGUUUUGUGUUGUGCAAUGGACGGCCGUCCAGAGACUGAUUUGUAUCCCAUGGGAUCCACUUACGUCACUGAACUAGACAGUGUCCAUGAUAUUACAGUUGGUACAAAGAGAGGAUCAGACGAGCUUUUCUCCUGCGCCUCAAACGGACCCAAUAUAAUGACCUGCGCAGCAGCCAAUGGCAAUGACAGCAAGAAGUUCAAAGGUGACAUAAGGAGCCCGGGCAUCCCGUCGCGUGUAAUCCACAUGCGCAAGCUCCCCGACGACAUCAACGAGGCUGAGGUCAUCUCCCUGGGCCUGUCCUUUGGUAAAGUCACCAACCUGCUCAUGCUCAAAGGGAAAAACCAGGCCUUCGUAGAGAUGAACACGGAGGACGCGGCCCAGGCCAUGGUCAGCUAUUAUGCCUCUGUGACGCCCGUCAUCCGCAACCAUCCCAUCUUCCUGCAGUACUCCAACCACCAGGAGCUCAAGACUGACAACUCCCCCAACCAAGUGAGAGCCCAGGCGGCACUGCAGGCGGUGAACGUAGUGCAGACGGGGGGCGUGCCCAUGGCAGGGGUGGAUGCCUCGGCCGGCAUGAGCGGGGCCAGCCCCGUCCUGCGUGUCAUAGUGGAGAACCUCUUCUACCCCGUCACCCUGGACGUGCUGCAUCAGAUCUUCUCCAAGUUCGGAGCGGUGCUGAAGAUCAUCACUUUCACCAAAAACAACCAGUUCCAGGCCCUGCUGCAGUACUCUGACAGCCUGACUGCUCAGCACACAAAACUUUCUUUAGAUGGGCAGAACAUCUACAACGCCUGCUGCACCCUCCGCAUCAACUUCUCCAAGCUGACCAGCCUGAAUGUGAAGUACAACAAUGACAAGAGCCGGGACUACACGCGUCCCGACCUGCCCACGGGGGACAGCCAUCCCUCAAUCGACCACCAGGCUAUGGCUGCAGCCUUCGGUGAGUACUAUGGUCCUCCUGGGAUUAUCUCGGCCAACCCAUAUGCGGGAGCUCACGCCUUCCCCCCAGCCUUCACCAUUCAGCAAGCUGCAGGCCUGACGAUGCAGGGGGUUCCUGGAGGCCUGGCCCAUCUGACCAUGCCUGGGGCUGCAGUGGCUGCAGGCAGAAUGGGCUUCCACCAACUCACCGGUGGCAACUGUGUUCUGCUGCUCAGUAACCUCAACCCAGAGAGAGUUACGCCCCAAAGCCUCUUUAUUCUUUUCGGUGUAUAUGGUGAUGUAAUGAGAGUGAAGAUCCUGUUCAACAAGAAGGAGAAUGCUCUGAUCCAGAUGUCUGAUGGGACUCAGGCGCAGCUAGCAAUGAGCCACCUGAAUGGCCAGAGGCUACACGGGACAGCGCUGCGAGUCACCCUGUCCAAACACACCAACGUUCAGCUGCCCCGUGAGGGCCACGAGGACCAGGGCCUGACAAAGGACUACAGCAACUCCCCUCUGCACCGCUUCAAGAAGCCCGGCUCCAAGAACUACUCAAACAUAUUCCCUCCCUCAGCCACCCUGCACCUCUCAAACAUCCCUCCCUCUGUGGUUGAGGAUGACCUUAAGAUGCUGUUUGCGAGCUCUGGUGCAAUGGUCAAGGCCUUCAAGUUCUUCCAGAAAGACCGCAAGAUGGCUUUGGUCCAGAUGGACUCAGUGGAGGAGGCCAUCGAGUCCCUCAUCAAGUUCCACAAUCACGACCUGGGCGAGAACCACCACCUGAGGGUGUCCUUCUCCAAAUCCACAAUCUGAGGGGGCAGCCCAAAACGCUACUGCUUAACGGGCCGUAGUGAGUUGUGGUGACUCGGCUCUUCAUAGUAGCCUCAACCACAGAAUUAAUUUACAUCAUUCCUAGUAUAUGAUAUUUAUAUACGCAAAGCUAUGUACAUUGACCUAUGGAAAAAGUAAUUUAACACCUGGUUUUACUUGGGUUUUACAUUCUUAGUUUUCUAUUAUCUUGCCUUUUUGAGGUGAAUGAAUUCCUUGCUCUGUCUCUCUGCACACACAAGUAGUUUACACUUGCCUUUCUGAGUCUGACUAAAGACACUCGCCUAGCCUAAACUUCAGCCUACUGGAAAGUUCCAUUUGCCUUUGGGGUCCAGAACCACUAGGCACUGAGGUACUUCUGUGAUGCCUCAUGUCGUCUUUGCCUUCUGAUGUUUUCUGUGCCUUACUAAAGAAGUCUUGCGUCCUUCAAAUGUAUAUUUUGGGCAUUUUACAAGAUAAUUGUUUUGGCCAUAAUCCCCUCUCAAACCCUUUGUUUGCAAAGACCAGGUUUACAGCUGAUUUAUGGGUUUACCAUUUUGUAUGAAAUGUAUUACAAGGUUGUCCAUUUCUCCCCCCCCCCCCCAUAUAUCAUGAAGGUGUCUUUUUUUUAUAAUUUUUUUGACUCGUUUUAAAAGUUGAGAUAACUAGUUGCAAGAUUCAAUCCACAAUGCUAUAUAUACAUACACACCCACACGCCGGUACAAUGGGUUAUGUGAUUCAUAUUCCUAGUCUUGUUUAAUGUAUCUCUAGAUGUAGGUUGUUUUUAGAAUUUUCUGAAAUGUAUGCAAUAAUUUUUGUACAAAUCUAAUAUUGGCCACAAUUGUUAUUCCAAUAUAACAAUUGUGGCCAAUUGGUCAGUGGUUGCAGGUCUUGGUCAGUGGUUGCCUUAACCACUGUGCCUUUGCAAAAGGUCUAUUGGCUGAGCUUUCCUGAUAAAAGUGUAUUUAUGA